AUGGACCCCACCACCAAGCUGCGUUCUGGCCAGGAGCUGCUCACUGAGUGGCCGGAGGCAACGAACGAGACUUCCAACAUCGAUUGCUCUGUUGUCUCAGGGCUUAGAGAUUUUCUUCCGUUACAAUGCGAUGCGUGUAAACAAGAUUUCCAUAAAGACCAUUUUACUUGUGCUGCACAUAAAUGUCCAUUUGCGUUCGAGAAGACUGGCCAUAUUCCAGUGUGCCCACUUUGUAACAAACCAGUACCGGUAAAAAAGGGAGAGAUCCCAGAUGUGGUGGUUGGUGAGCACAUUGAUUGAGAGUGUAGCUGUCAUCCUCGGAAGAAAGAGAAGAUUUUUAUAUGCCGGCGCUCAAAAGAGGGGUGCAGGAAGGAGAUGCUGCAGGUGAUGGACCAGGGCCGCGGCAGUUUCCGUAUUCAGCGUAGACACCCUCUGGAUCACAGCUGCCCACGCGGGAACCUUGCCGUCAGUGUAGCCGGGUGA